UGGGUUUUUGACUUGUGAUCUCUCUUUUCCUCUUUUAAAUCUUUGCUGCUCUUUGAGGGAAAAAAAAAUUAAGAAGAGAGAAGCAAAGAAAUAUAUACCAAAAAAGGAGAGGAAUUAGGAGGAGAAGAUGACGGGAGGCUGCUGUUUCUUGAACAAGGAGACAGUACUCAUCUUGAAGCUUCCAAAAAAGUCAUCGAACUUUCUGAUGAUGAUUGUGUUAGCUGCUGUGAUGAUCUGCAGUGUUUAUAUAUGUACUGUAUGUUUGAAGCAAACACAGAUCCAAAUCAAGCGCAAUGUAGCCAGGAUUAAAUUUACAGAACAACCUUGUCACCAUCCUAAGCUUACUCAGUCGGAGAUUCAAUAUGUUCACUAUCCUGAACCAACUACAUAUAGCAGAAAUGAGUGUGCAUGUAUUCCAGUUCAAUUCUUUGCUAUUGUGUCGAUGCAACGAUCUGGAAGUGGGUGGUUUGAGACUUUGCUGAAUAGCCAUAUCAACAUUAGCUCUCACGGAGAGAUCUUCUCCAACAAAGAAAGGAGAAGUAAUAUAUCGGCAAUAACUAAGACACUGGAUAAAGUAUAUAAUCUUGAUUGGAUCAGUAGUGCUUCGAAAAAUGAAUGCACAGCUGCCGUGGGCUUCAAGUGGAUGCUUAAUCAGGGUCUUAUGCACCAUCACGAAGAAAUUUCUGAAUACUUCACUCAAACAGGGGUUUCUGUGAUAUUUCUAUUAAGAAAAAACCAGCUCCGUCAGUGGAUAUCGCUACUGGCAAAUUCCCAUGAUCAUCGAGCCAAACAACUGAAUGGAACUCACAAAGCUCAUGUGCACUCACAAAUUGAGGCAAAUAUACUAGCGAGAUAUAAGCCCGUGAUUAAUGCAAAUUUAUUGGUGCGCAAACUGAAACAGUUGAAUGACUGGGCUUCUGAUGCUCUAGUACAGUUGAACAGCACCAGGCAUAUUACUGUAUACUAUGAGGAUCUCAUUCAGAACAGCGUUAGGCUGAUAGAUGUUAUGGAGUUUCUUAGAGUGCCUUGUCAAAGGCUGAUCAGUCAUCAUGUGAAGAUACAUACAAGGGCAUUGUCUCAUCUGGUUGAGAAUUGGGACGAAGUUCAGAAUGCUCUUAGAGGAACUCAAUAUGAGAGCUAUUUAACUUCUGACUAUCAAAUAUAGAUAAUUUAAUUUCAACAAAUUAUCAUUAUUCUUCUCUUUAUUUAUUAGAUUAUCUAUUCACAAUGUACUUCUGAGGAAUCAUCCGGCAAUGACAAUCAUCAUCCUGAUCGAGCAAGAUGAUUUUACAAGAAUGCUGAAUCAUUUAUCACCAGACUCUCUUAUGGUAUAAAAGGUUCA